UCUCUCUCUUUUGACUACACCAAAUAGGCCAUCAGGCCAUGGCGAGCUACCUGUGUAAAGCAUCAAGAUUACUGAGCCCAACUCCGGCGAUCAAUCCGUGCAGAAGUUCGGAGCUGCUAGGGCUAGGGUUUCGACGAUGGCGAGUGGAGAAGGAGCAGUUCGGUUUCCUUUGUCUGAUUCAAGCACUCUCGUGAUACAAAUGGGGGAUAUCACCAAGUGGUUCGUCGACGGCUCCACUGACGCCAUUGUUAAUUGAGCGAAUGAGCGAAUGCUUGGAGGAGGUGGUGGAGAUGGCGGUAAAUAAUGGUUUCCUAAUGAAGAACUUUGGGAAUGAACCGACUUUUAGUAUGCUGAUUUUUGUUGACCUUGCAGCUAUACAUAGGGCUGCUGGCCGGGAUCUUCUACAGGCAUGCUAUGGUGUCCCCGAAGCCAGGCCAGGCGUCCGCUGCCCCACUGGAAAAGCUAGAAUUACCCUAGGGUUUAAGUUGCCUGCGUCUCAUGUAAUUCACAUUGUUGGACCUGUCUACCGUCCUGGUAGCGUCUAUCCUCCUGCUAACAACCCUGAAGUUUAUCUGAGCUCUGCGUAUAGGAAUAGCUUGAGCAUAGCCAAAGCACACAACAUUCAGUAUGUUGCGUUUCCUCCCAUAUCUUGUGGUUCGUAUGGAUAUCCUUAUGAUGAAGCUGCCGAAGUGUCUCUGUCCACAAUCAAGGAAUCCGUGAAUGACAUAAAGGAGGUGCACUUUGUUCAUAAAUCGGAAGUUAUUUACAAUGUCUGGUUGGAAAAGGCAAAGAAAUUGCUUAAAGCCUAAUAUGUACAAGGAACGAGGAAUAAGGAGCUUGCAGAUGUAUAAGCCGUUCUGUCAGUUUGCAAUGUAAAACUUUCAUGUUAUGGAGCUUGAGUGUGGAAACUUCUCAUGGUAAAACUGUGUGGAGAUAUUAAGCAUAUAAUUAGUCACCAUUAGAAUUGCUAAUAUCUUGGUGAAUUCAUGGAACUUCAGAAGCUACUUGGUGAUUUAUGGUAUCUGCUUGGGCAUCAAAUCAUAUUACAGCAUCACAUCUAUCAUUGGAUUACUGUUCGUUCUUCAUAAUCGAAAUGAAAUACUUGCUUCAGACAGAGCUUAAAAGUUUAAACAACUCGUAGUCAUCUGCUAUACAUUUCACCAGGUGAAUGUUCAUUUCAUUUUGGGAUUUAGAGAUAGAAAACCGAGAAUAUGCUGAAGAAUGCACUCAUCGGAUGACACUUAAAGUUUUACAUCCUUGUCAGACAAUUGGAUAGCAACAUAUCAAUGACUGGACGAGAACAACCGCACCUGAAAUGAUUGAAACUCAAUGUAAGACUUGAAUGGGGAGUCUGUAACACAGCAGUAACAUAUACAUUACUUUCGUUUUGGAUUUAAAUUGUUGAUUUGUAAAACAUUUACUAAAACAAAGAUCUGCAAUCCAGACAUGUGAUUUCACAGACGAA